GACAACAGCAACUGAUGGCAACAAACGACAACAACAACUGACAACAACAAUUGAGUGCAACAACUGAUGACAACAACCACUGACAAUAACUGAUGACAAGAACAACUGAGGGCAACAACUGAUGACAAGAACAACUGAUGGCAACAACUGACGACAACAACAACUGAUGGCAACAACUGAUGACAACAACAGCUGAGGGCAACCAUUGACAGCAACAACUUACAGAACAACAACUGUUAACCACCACAACAACAACUUACAGAACAACAACUUUUAAACAUCACAAAACAACUUACAGAACAACAACUGUUAACCACCCCAACAACUUACAGAAAAACAACUGUUAACCACCCCAACAACUUACAGAAAAACAACUGUUAACCACCACCACAACAACUUACAGAACAACAACUGUUAACCACCACAACAACUUACAGAAAAACAACUGUUAACCACCACCACAACAACUUACAGAACAACAACUGUUAACCACCCCAACAACUUACAGAAAAACAACUGUUAACCACCCCAACAACUUACAGAAAAACAACUGUUAACCACCACCACAACAACUUACAGAACAACAACUGUUAACCACCCCAACAACUUACAGAACAACAACUGUUAACCACCACCACAACAACUUACAGAACAACAACUGUUAACCACCACAACAACUUAAAGAAAAACUGUUAACCACCCCAACAACUUACAGAACAACAACUGUUAACCACCCCAACAACUUACAGAACAACAACUGUUAACCACCCCAACAACUUACAGAACAACUGUUAACCACCCCAACAACAACUUACAGAACAACAACUGUUAACCACCCCAACAACUUACAGAAUAACCACUGUUAACUACCACAAAAACAACUUACAGAACAACAACUGUUAACCACCCCAACAACUUUCAGAACAAAAACUGUUAACCACCACAAAAACAACUUACAGAACAACUGUUAACCACCACAACAACAACUUACAGAACAACAACUGUUAACCACCACAACAACUUACAGAACAAAAACUGUUAACCACAACAACAACUUACAGAACAACAACUGUUAACCACCCCAACAACUUACAGAACUGUUAACCACCCCAACAACAACUUACAGAACAACAACUGUUAACCACCACAAAAACAACUUAUGGAAGAUCAAUAAGAACAGGAAGAUCCCUUAGGAUCACUGAUCCAACUAUCAAUGCAGCUACAGGACUAAGUAAUCUGACAGAGAGGACACGGCACUGUCGGAGGGCUCUGAAAAGACAAACCAACGGCAAGUGGACAACUUGAUGAAAGUUUAAUCGGGACAUAACCCUGAUAAUGGCGGGGUUUACUCCAGCCGGCCACUUCCCUUCCACUCCCGCGCUGCUCUCCGGCCAGGAGCUGGAGGCCUGGCUGGAGGACCUGGACAGCGUCCUGUACCCCACGCCUCUGAGGAACCCACCGGAAGACAGCCCGAAGUUAAAGCAGCUCUGGCUGGAGGACAUAGACAGCGUCCUGUACCCCACGCCUCCGAGGAACCCAUCGGAAGGGGCUCACAGACUCGGCCAACUCCUACUCGAUGACCUGGAGAGCAUUCUCUACCCCACGCCAGUAGGAAACCCGUCAGAAGAUGGAGGAAGGAUCGGCCAAGCCCCACAAUAUACACAGCUCGGGUCCGGUUUGCCUGGACGUUGCGAUCGACCCCUGGACUCCAGGCCCCUGCAGGACGAGGGCACAGCCAGAGAGGGCCGGAGCACCGUGGACCUCGGCCGAGACCUGUCUGACGCUCCCUCGGCCCGGGGUGACCGGUCCGGCGGCUGCUCGGAGCGCGAGCCCCCGUCGCUGAACCCCCCUUCCUCCUCCUCCGGCUCCUCCUCCUCCUCCUCCGAAUCCAACAGCGGCCCCCGGGGGCCGGCGAGCUGCCAGGGCAGGAGGCGCGGGACCAAGCGGCGGAGGGCGGGGAGCUGCGCCUGCAGUGGGGAGCGACGCCGGGGAGGGGAGCAGGAGGGGCAGGUGGCGAGGCUGACAGAGGAGAAUGAGCGCCUGAGGCGGAGAAUCGAGGAGCUGACGGCCGAGGUGCAGGUCGCCCGGAGGAGGCUGAUCGAGAAGAUGGUCAACGCCCGGUGAUCGGCCCGAGCGCCGAGCGAGUCCCCCCCCCCCCCGCC